GGCUGAAAGCUGUGGUAUACGGUCUGAUAUCACAAACAUUAUAAACUAGGUGGUUUGAGACCGGAAUGCUGAUUGGCUGAAAGCUGUGGUAUACGGUCUGAUAUCACAAACAUUAUAAACUAGGUGGUUUGAGCCCUGAAUGCUGAUUGGCUGAAAGCUGUGGUAUACGGUCUGAUAUCACAAACAUUAUAAACUAGGUGGUUUGAGACCUGAAUGCUGAUUGGCUGAAAGCUGUGGUAUACGGUCUGAUAUCACAAACAUUAUAAACUAGGUGGUUUGAGACCUGAAUGCUGAUUGGCUGAAAGCUGUGGUAUACGGUCUGAUAUCACAAACAUUAUAAACUAGGUGGUUUGAGCCCUGAAUGCUGAUUGGCUGAAAGCUGUGGUAUACGGUCUGAUAUCACAAACAUUAUAAACUAGGUGGUUUGAGACCUGAAUGCUGAUUGGCUGAAAGCUGUGGCAUACGGUCUGAUAUCACAAACAUUAUAAACUAGGUGGUUUGAGACCUGAAUGCUGAUUGGCUGAAAGCCGUGGUAUAUCUGUAUAGGUGCUGUGUCCAGACCAGUUAUCAUAAUUGAGAGAAUGGAAGGCGAUGAGGUGGUCCUGCGGUGUGAGGCUGAAGGCUGCUACCCAGAGCCUGUCAUGGAGUGGUGUGACGCUCAGGAACGUGUCCUCCCUGCUGCUGGACCUACAGAGACGUCCAGAGACCGUGAAGGCUGCUACACUGUGACAAGCCAUGUCAUCGUCCCGAACUCUGACAACAACACCUUCACCUGUCGCGUUCAACAGUUGGAGAUCAAACACAUGAAGGAGAGACAGGUUCAUGUUCCAGAUCAAAUGUUUCCUAAGACUUGUCAUUCCUGCUGGCUGACAGUUCUUGUAGCAGUCCUUGGAGCAUUUCUUGUUGAAGCUGUAGCUGUAGCUGGAGGUCUCUACCUGUUGAUAAAAAAAGGGAUAUUGACCUUCAGAAAGGUAAGUCACACUUCCUGGUGUGGUAGUGUUACUUCCUGGUGUGGUAGUGUUACUUCCUGGUGUGGUAGUGUUACUGUUACUUCCUGGUGUGGUGGUGUUACUUCCUGGUGA